GCAAACAUUUUAGCUUUGAAGUUUUGAAGUACCGAUUUCAAGUGGGCGAGGGACAACAAGCCGUACCCCUUCCAUUAGGCCCUUCCCACCCUUCCCGCGACUCUAGAAAGCAUGCAAUCAUUUUUUUGCACGUAAGAACACCCUUGGCGGCGCGGGUACCGGGUACCAGUUGUUUUCAGCCGGAGAAAACCAACAUGGCGACCUUCUACACUGAAAACGUGAACAAAUGGGAAACAGUGUCGAAAAAGAAGAAAGCAUCUGCCUCGGACAAAAAGGCCGCAAGGAAAAAUUUCUCCAAUGUUGCUCCGACAGUGGAUGCGGCACCUCCCUUGAAAGAAUCCGAGACGAUCUUUGACGCCUUCAGCAAAAAGCACAAUGCUCAGAUGUCCCAAAUGCCCCCCUUGGCAGUCCCCGACAGCCCCUCUGGGAAGAAAGCGGCAGGGGGCGACACCCAGAAGAAGGCUGCUGGCAGCCAGCAGAAGAAGAAGAAGGACCCAUCCCGGAAGGGUGAGAAGGGGUUUGAUAGCCUGGCCGAAGCCCUGAAGGCACUGGACCCCAAAGAGCUGAAGGCUCAACUGACUGAGGUCCAGACAAGGUGUCCGGAGGCGCGGUCGUUAUGGCUUGGUGACAUAGUCGGCUUCAUGAACAAAAAGCUACUGACCAAGGAAAGUGACCCAGUGUUCAGUGAUCAACCUCCCACUUACCCUCUGAGCAAAACAAGCAAGCAUUUGUUGGACUUCCUGAAUGCCACACUGAAAAGCUACAACGAGGACAUGCUGAAGGCCUUCUUUGAUUAUUGUAUCAGGGAGCUGGCCGGCGACUCCAGCAAAGGCCAAGCAGCCGUCAAUGGCUACCGGGUGUUUAUACAGCUCAUAGCAUCCAAAAACCCGGAGUUUGUCACCAACUCUAUGGACCAUUACCUCACUAUGGUUAAACGGAAGCAGAAUGACAAGUCUCACUGCCUGUCGGUCUUGUGGUCGUGCGCUCAGGCGGGAUACAGUGACCCCGUCAUUGGACUCAGAGUGUGGUGUGGUUUGAUGCUGCCAUUGCUGGGUGUGAAGCCAGCGUCUACCUAUGCCAUGGCCAAUCUGGACCGAACAUUGCGGCAGAAGAUGGACAAGCAGAAGGCCCACGAGGUUCUGGGCCCCAACCAGUUCUUUCCCAUCCUGGACUUUGUCUUCACGCCAGGAACGGCACUCCCAGCGCAAUUACAGAAACAACUCUUGAAGCACUAUUCCAAACUGAAGAGCAUAGCCUUUGGAACUCAUCCAGAGACAACCUUACGCCACUUCUUUCCAUCACUGUUGGCGAGAACGACAGUGAACUGUCCAGAGCAAAUGAAGAAUGAGCUGCUGAACACCCUGAUCAUCUGCCUCAGUACCGACCACCACUGCUUCAGCAAGUGGCGUCAGAUGUACGACACGCACCUGUUGCAGUCCAGCGUGCUGAUGAACCACAUGCUGGCGUCGUGGGAGAAAGUUCAGAAACAGUUACCGAGGCAACUUCUGAAGGAGACCGUCCGUGCCUUUCACCUGACCAAUGAAGACAUGGCCAGCUCAAGGAACGGACGAAUGGAGCAUGAGCAAUGCAAGCUGGCUUGCAAGGAAUUGCUUGAGCGAAUGAGCGGGUUUGAGUUUCCCUGGAGGAGCGUCUUGACAGCAGUGGUUCUUGCCUUAGUCACAUUCGUUGCUCUAGAUGUCUACAGUCACAAAGGGCUCCACGGUUCCCUGACGCAGGCGUUCUUUGAACGGUCGGGCAUCUCGGCCGUCUGCAAGCACACCUGGACUAAAAUCAGUCUGUACCUCGGUAUCGCAUUUGACUGGGCGUCGGUCAACGUACCCAUCUACUAUGUGAAGGCAGCCGAGUUGUGCGGGCCUUACCUGGUUCUGCUGAAGGACAAGCUGUGUGCACUGUUUCUCUACUUGGCCGAGCUGACCACACCAUUAUGGGCCUGGCUCGCACACAAUGUCCCCAUCGCUCUGGAAUUGAUCAAAGCCCAGAUUCCUGUCCUGUGGAAUCUCCUCUGGGGCUACCUGGUCUUAGCGUGGGACUUCCUCUCGCCGUAUCUCAUCGCCUUCUGGGCGGCCGUUUCCCCUCACCUUGAGGCAUUGUGGGACGGCAUCCUCCAUUACUCGGUCCUGCUCUGGACGGCCACCCUGCCGUACUUGAAAGCAGGGUACCAGUGGCUACAGCAGAUGCUCAGCGCAUCAUCGUAGGGCUGGCAGGCAUUGACCAUGAGACAUUCCAGACAAGCAGGAUUAUUCUGACUCCUGUACAAGGCUGCAAGAGAGACAGUUGUAGCUGAUUGAAAAUGCAAUCUACAUGCAAGGCUCUGAUUGGUCCAAGGCUCUGAUUGGUCUAAGGCUCUGAUUGGUCCAGGGCUCUGAUUGGUCCAAGGCUCUUAUUGGUCCAGGGCUCUGAUUGGUACAGGGCUCUGAUUGGUCCAAGGCUCUGAUUGGUCCAGGGCUCUGAUUGGUACAAGGCUCUGAUUGGUCCAAGGCUGUGAUUGGUCCAAGGUUCUGAUUGGUCCAAUGCUCUGAUUGGUCCAAGGCUGUGAUUGGUCCAAGGCACCAGUUGAAGAACAGUCAGUAAACAUCACAUAAUUGUGCAGUUUAUAGGCAUCGUCAUUUUGUCACUGUGUAAGGACAGUGUGAGGUCACAGUACCCAAAGACUUUGUUCAAAUGUGCAGGAUACAACUUCUUUACCACAGGCAACACUUCAGAAUUUUUUUCUCCAUGUAAAUCUUUUCUGUUUUUAUUGGUACGUUUUCUUUCUCAGUGGAAAGACAAGGGAACUUGUACUCUUUUCAGGUAUUUAAAAAGGUGGAUUUCUCUUUUUUGUAGAUUAACACUUUCCAUUUUGGAAGGCACACCUAUUGUGUGGCACCUCAUGAGGGCCCUUUCGCGUCAAAGGGUCAAAAGCACAGAGAAUGUGCAGUGAUUACUCUAACAAAUGUCAUUGAUCUGUCUUUUUUGGGGAAGUGGUAGUUUUGUUAAGUCAUUGUCUGUCCUUUUCUGUACCUCUGAUGUGAGCCACCUUGGGAUUGGCACGUUAUCAGGGAAGUUGCUGAAUUUUCACAAAAUAGGACAGGGAUAAAAUUCAAUUGUAUACCUCAAAAGGAUUUUUUCCAUCAUAUUUGUCCCUCAUGCAGUAAUAGGUUUCAUCCUGAGUGUUUUUUUUUUUCAUGUGCGUUGAGCUGUUUAUCAAGCAGGUCCUGCCAUGCAUGUGGUGCACAGAGCAUUGCGUAGUUAAUGAGAAAUUUGCGUGCAUUGGAAGAAUAGGGUAUUCUUCUUUUGUUCUUUGUUUGUCACAGCGGUUGGUGCUACAUGGUACAAUGCACAGAAGAAUAAUUUUCCUAUCAAUUGAUGCUAAAAACAAUUAGGAUUAUAAAUGGCCGGAGAAAUUAAAUUAGCAAAGUGAAAAAUGUAUGUUGGAUAGUUAAUGGUUGAAUGAUGUUUUGAACAAGAGCAAACUCUCGUAGAAGUUUUCCAAGAAAGAGUUGGACUUUUGGAAGGAAUUUGUUGUACCAAGCCGAUAAUUAUGACAUAGGAACUAUUGGCAUUUUUUUCGGAAUCAAACACAGCUGACGAUGUCACUAGUAGCAGCAAUCUUACUCAAAAUGUCCAUAACUUGAUUGUUUUUUAAACUGUUGAAGGUUUCUAAGGUACUUAAACAUUUCUGUCAUUUUGAGGAACAUGGAUUGUUGCAACUAUGAUUGUGUGGCCAAUACAUUGUCACAAUCUCAGGUAAAUAUACACUCCUAAAGCGCAGGGGUUGGUUGAUCUUUUUGCAGUGAAGUUUGUUUCCUGCGAAAUGCACAUUUUCUUGGAGGGAGGUCAGCCCAAAGUAGCUUUUUUCCAUUUUCACGUUCAAUGCAUGUGUGCCAACACGUGAGCCGUUAAACUGUAUUAUUACAAUGAAACCGUAUGUAAAAUUUAAUUGAAAAGUCACAAAUGUACUCAUAAUGAACAUCCUUAUAUGCUUGCCAAGAUCAGGCCUGGAACAAUUGAAAUCCUGCCCAAUAUCCAGCUGUGAGAUAGUCAAGAAGGUCCUUAUAGGGCUAACCUUACUGACUGUCGUUUGUCUUACCUAAACUUAGCAUAGAUUGUUGCAAAACCUACAGGUUUAUCACAACAGUGGAGCGCUAGCAUGAUUAACUGUUGAACUUGGGUUACUUUUGCAAGCUUGAAAACCCUUCAGAAUUGUAAGAUGAGUUUUUAAAUACAUGCAUCAAAUGCAGCUAUACACUGUGCUCAAAAUGCAGAGCACUGAGAGCAAUAUCAUAACUCUAUUUUCAUCUUUUUAAGAAAAGCAGGAAUCUGUGUUGAAGAUUCCGUAGUAACUUGAUGAUAGUUUCAACUGUUUCAAAACAGCAGACAUCUUAAGUCCAAAGUCGUAAAUCCUCCAAUAGUUAGAGAAUCUAUAUCUGUGUAGUUGAUGUGCGUGUAUAAACUUUAAACAGAUCUUUUUCAGUGUGCUAAAUUGAUUCAAAAUGGAUAUCAGUGCAUUGUCUACAAAUCUGAUCACACCUUAUUUCUCUUUGUUCAAGUCUUCAAAUUCCAUUGCAGGUUUUUCUUCCCUUUAGUGUAGUUUUUCUUUCACCAGUUUUUCCUAAAUCUGCCCAGCCUGCAUGCUUCCCCCCCCCCGAAUUUCCUAUCAUAUUAUUGCAUCAUUUCUGUUUGAAAAUUUUAUUUUUGCUUCUGGUCAUUUCCCUGAAAUUAAUUGGUGUUUGUCUCUUGUUCUGUUUAAAUCACACUGUAAGCAAGUUCUUGAUUGGAGAGUUUUUUGCAAAUCGAUUUUUUGUGAGGAGUAUCAAUUGCCUGAAACAUUGUGGCAUUUGUCCUUUUGGACAGUUCCUGGAUUGAAAAUGAAUAAAAUGUGUAUUUUCACAAAA